GCUACUGUUUAAGCUCCUGCGUUAUGUCAUGCACUGUCAUCUAACCACUAAAUAUGCAGAACUCAUUUAGUCCGCACAACUCUGGGAAGAGUACUAAUAGCAUCCAUAUAUUUCAGCCAGAAUGCCUCCCACUCAGGCAGAAAGUGUUAUAAAGAAUAUCAUACGAGAAAUAAGACAAGAAUGUGCAGCCCGUGGAGAGAUUGUUUCUGAAACUCUGGUUGCUUUUAUGGUGAAAGCUGUUGUCCUGGAUCCAAGUAAUGGCUUUAACGUGGAUAGAACACUCAUAAAAAGUGAUGUGCAGAAACUUGUUAAGCUUUGUGUGGCUCGGCUAUUGGAUAGUCAAAAUCCAUCCCUGGACACUAUUAAGAUGCAAGUCUACUUUGAUAUGAAUUACACAAGUCGAGAGGAAUUUCUUGAAGAACAUCACCGGGUCCUAGAGUCUAGAUUAGGCUCUGUUAGGAGAGAAAUUACAGAUAACAGAGCUUGUGCUAGAGAAGAAUUGGAAAGCCUCUACCGAAAGAUCGUCAGCUAUGUGUUACUACGCUCUGGGCUUGGAUCCCCUACAAACAUCAAGAUUGUCAGAGAGGCAACAGCUGCCCUACAGAGUGUGUUUCCUCAGGCUGAGCUUGGGACAUUUCUAACUCUUUCUAAGAAGGACAAAGAACGCCAGCUGAAAGAACUCACUAUGAUUGUUACUGGAAUUCGUUUAUUUAACAGAGACUGUGGAAAAGGAGGAGAAGGCAUUGAUGAUUUGCCAGCUAUUCUACACGAAGCAAUCCCAGCCACCACUCAACAUAUUGAUUCCCAACUUCAGAUUGCCCAGGACCAGGCCUACUGCUACACAGCCAUCCUUGAGAAGAUAACAAAGAACCCACUCAUGAGUUUAGAAUUUCAGCCGUAUAUGUUAAAAGAAGCACUGUAUAAUGUGCGACAAUAUGAGAUAUUCCUUCAGAUCAUUUUGGUGAGUUAA